UGGCUCUUCCUUAGCCAGCGGCGGUGGCGGACGGAGGUUGGGUAGAACACUCCUGCCUCUCGGGUGGCGGGUUUCUCUGCUGCAGAGACUCGGCUGGUCGAGGAUAGGCGGUGGUGGCGGAUGCCGGAGGAACGCGGGCCCCGCCGCUUGGCGGCCCCUGGAUCAAGAUGAGCGCCUCGGCGUCGGUCGGGGGCCCGGUCCCCCCGCCGCCCCCGGGCCCGGCCGCUUCGCUGCCACCCGGUUCUGCCGCGCGGGCCCUGCAUGUGGAGCUGCCCUCUCAGCAGCGACGUCUCAGACACCUUCGGAACAUUGCUGCCCGGAACAUUGUUCAUAGAAAUGGCCAUCAGCUCCUUGAUACCUACUUCACGCUUCACUUGUGUAAUACUGAAAAGAUAUAUAAAGAAUUUUAUAGGAGUGAAGUGAUUAAGAAUUCCUUGAAUCCAACAUGGCGGAGUCUCGAUUUUGGAAUAAUGCCUGACCGACUUGAUACGUCUGUGUCUUGUUUUGUGGUGAAGAUAUGGGGUGGAAAGGAGAACAUCUACCAGCUUUUGAUUGAAUGGAAAGUCUAUUUGGAUGGGCUGAAAUACUUGGGUCAGCAGAUUCAUGCCCGCAACCAAAAUGAAAUAAUUUUUGGGCUGAAUGAUGGCUACUAUGGUGCUCCAUUUGAACAUAAGGGUUAUUCAAAUGCUCAGAAGAAUAUUCUUCUUCAGGUGGAUCAGAACUGUGUUCGCAAUUCUUAUGAUGUCUUCUCUUUGCUGCGGCUUCAUAGAGCCCAGUGUGCAAUUAAACAGACUCAGGUAACUGUUCAGAAAAUUGGAAAGGAAAUUGAAGAAAAGCUAAGGCUCACAUCUACAAGCAAUGAACUGAGAAAACAAAGUGAGUGCUUGCAAUUAAAAAUUUUGGUGCUUCGAAAUGAACUGGAAAGACAGAAGAAAGCUUUGGGACGGGAGGUGGCAUUACUGCAUAAGCAACAAAUUGCAUUACAGGACAAAGGAAGUGCGUUUUCAGCUGAGCACCUCAAGCUUCAACUCCAGAAGGAAUCCCUGAAUGAAUUAAGGAAGGAGUGUACUGCAAAAAGGGAACUCUGUCUGAAGACGAAUGCUCAGUUGACAAUUCGUUGCAGGCAAUUACUAUCUGAACUUUCCUACAUUUAUCCUAUUGAUUUGAAUGAGCAUAAGGAUUACUUUGUAUGUGGUGUCAAGUUGCCCAAUUCUGAGGACUUCCAAGCAAAAGAUGAUGGAAGCAUUGCUGUUGCCCUUGGUUACACAGCACAUUUGGUCUCCAUGAUUUCCUUUUUCUUACAAGUGCCCCUAAGAUAUCCUAUAAUUCAUAAGGGAUCUAGAUCAACAAUCAAAGAUAAUAUCAAUGAUAAGCUGACUGAAAAGGAGAGAGAGUUUCCAUUAUAUCCAAAAGGAGGGGAGAAGUUACAAUUUGAUUAUGGUGUCUAUCUUCUGAACAAAAAUAUAGCACAGCUAAGAUAUCAACAUGGACUAGGGACUCCAGACUUGAGGCAAACCCUCCCUAACCUGAAAAACUUCAUGGAACAUGGACUAAUGGUCAGGUGCGACAGACACCACACCUCCAGUGCCAUCCCUGUUCCAAAGAGACAAAGCUCCAUAUUUGGAGGUGCAGACGUAGGCUUCUCUGGGGGGAUCCCGUCCCCAGACAAAGGACACCGAAAACGGGCCAGCUCAGAGAAUGAGAGACUCCAGUACCAAACCCCUCCUCCCAGUUACAACUCAGCGCUCACCCAGCCUGUUCCCGCCAUCCCUUCCGCAGGAGAAUCUGAGAGAAAGACAACAUCUCUGUCCUCCUCCUUGGAUACCUCCUUGGACUUCUCCAAAGAAAACAAGAAAAAAGGAGUUGAUUUGGGUGACAGAUUCAACGGCAGUCACGUGGGCAUGAGCACCGGCCAAGAACAAGAAGAAGCCCUCUCCGGGCACGCAUCCACGGUCAACGGCACUCUGCUGCCCGGCGAGCAGGCUGGCUCCUCCAGCGUCCGCCUCCCGGGGGAGUACCACCCGGGGUCCGAGCCUGAGCUCUGCUGUACUGUGGAGCAGGCGGAGGAGAUCAUUGGGAUGGAAGCCACGGGUUUCACCUCCGGCGAUCAGCUGGAAGCCUUUAACUGCAUCCCGGUGGAUAGUGCCGUGGCAGUGGAGUGUGAUGAACAAGUUCUGGGAGAAUUUGAAGAGUUCUCCCGAAGGAUCUAUGCACUGAAUGAGAACGUGUCCAGCUUCCGCCGGCCACGCAGGAGUUCCGAUAAGUGAAGUGAGCAGACGGCCGGUGGGACUGGGACAGAGGCACUGCCUGAAAGGAGGAGAAAGCUGCACUGGUUACCCCCUGGAAUAAUUAUGACAUAAAAUGAGUAUUAAUGGAGGAUAUUCCUCAGCAAAACAGACUUUGUCAGUCAAGGAGGGACUCAGGAUCAUUGUGUAUCAGUGGGCCAGACAAAGUUAGAUUCUGCUUGCAAGAUUUGCUUUCCAGGCCUGACGAUUGUUUUAGGGCAAAAGUCUCACUCUAGCUCGAGUCACCUUAUAGGUAUUUGUCUGCUUUUUAAUUUACACUUCUAUGUUAUCCUCAGAGGGGAGAUGAUAAUAUAUAAAUAAUAUAAUAAACUCACUUUUAGUUUCUCAUAAGCAUUUGCCCUCACCAUAAGUUUAUAAAGCUUGGGAAAACCAAAUAAUCCAAAAAAAGGUUUUCACCAUUUACUGAAAGAUCUUUGACCAUCCAUGAGUUUGGUGAAUAAGAAGCACAAUGGUCUCCUUACACCCAAUCUCCCUGCACCUGCCCCCAGUCACCCCAUCCGCUGCCCCAUCUUCACAGUGGCUGGGUUGUGCACCCAGAAAACUGAGGACCUCAGACUCACUGGUUCUUGAAUGCAGUAGCCAAGACCUCCCACCUCCUCAGCUCAGCCAUAGCUUGGUGUAACCCUCGAAUCAGAGGAGAAACCUCACCUCUGGUAUAUCCCAGGGGACGCUCUAAGGACCCCCCCUCCCCCGCCAAGGUUACAACAGUCAGAUGGCAUCCAGUCCCCUUUGGGAGCCAGAGUUUUUCUGUGGGCAGAUGCUGCAGUCAAAAACCAGGCAAGCUCUCUAGCAACUCACCAGACGGAAAUCCCUAUGUGUCAAUUCCACGCUGACUGGUUAAAUUUCAGUCAGAAAGGAAGGCACUGGAUAUGAUGUAAAAUCUGGAGAGAGUCAGGCUGUCUGACGUGCGGACCACAAGGCAGUCGGGAGAGCUGGGUGAAGAGGCGUAGUUGAGGUGUAGAAACUGCUGGUAUAAUGCAGGUGCGUUCAUAGUAAAUUAUGCUCUUGAAGUCCGAUUUCGUUCCUGGAGCUCAGCUCUCAUUUGCUAUUGCUCUAUACUUUCUAUACCCAAGGACAUUGCCUCAGGGUUGCAAGCUCUUUAAGGAAAAUUUAUGCAUAUAUUCAUGUAUUGUAUAGAAUAAAAACUGAAUUUGCUUCACUUGACCCGAUUUGUUUUUUCCAGUUUCGAAUUUCAUCUAGAACCCGCAUCUCCAUGUUACAUCAGGACAGGGCGAGCCUGAACCAAAAGGGUAGCAGUGUCCGCGCUAAUGUCAACUUGAGUCGACCCGGUUUGCGUGGCCACACAAAAACCCUCACACCUGUCCUGUCCCAUAGCUGCGUCUGUCCCGCGCGACAGCUGAUCUCCUAGCUCUCGUGAUCCUUUUCUUGUAUUGUCCAAGCACCCUUGGGCUCAAGUUCUCAUUGACAACUACAUCGUCAAGCAGAAUAGUUCGUGUUGUUACUUUCCACAUAAAGAGAACUCACAGAAUCCAUGCUUGACAGGCAGACCCGACCUGAAAGCAAUUAAGAGCUUUAACUUGAUCGGGAGAAAUCCAUCUUAUUCCACAGAAAGAGGUGGAACACUUCCAAACCUAACGGAGAAGCCAUCUGUCGAGCCACAGCUUCUUCGCAGAGUACUGUCACUCACGUUAGAGUCCACGAGGGGGAGAUAACCGUGGGCUUGGCUCUCCUUCAGACUAGGCUGUGUAGAGCCCUCCAGGGAACUACCCCCCUCCGCCCCCCCCAAAAGGAAAAGGUUUUGGAAGGACUGUUAGUAUUGCCCAGUGAGAUGCACAUCGCAUGUGGCUCAAGGUCCACAGAGGGGAGUGCACUUUAAACUUCAUGCCAAACUUACAGAUAGGGUACACUGAGGUGCGCGCCCUCCGGCCUGGGUCUUGGCAGCCCCAAGCAGGGGGACCACACGCAGAACACCCCUAGUUACAAUGUUCAUCUCAGGUUCCACACAGCCAGACAGAGCCCGGGGGUCUGGGGCUCUGUCAGUCUCCCGUCUGUGGACUCCCUGAUUCUGGGACCCACAGCUUUGCACCCCCACAGCACGGAGCCCUGUCCCUGAAUGUCCUUAGGCAGCUCAGAACCGGUUACCUUCGAGUCGGCUGGGUCCGCACAGUGCUCAGUGACGUUACACCUCACAGCGCCGCCCCUGGGUUUGCGUUCCUCUGGGCUUUCAGGUGUUCAUUGAGUUCGCUUGGUGCCUCCUGUUUCUGCCUUGCCUUGGGUGGGACCUGCAGUCUCACGUGUCUCCAGGAGGAGCCCGGCUCCACGUUUUCCAAAGCCACAGAGUUCAUUUGGCCUCUUUCAAGUGGCCAAGGCCAAAACAUGAGAUGAGUUACUAUCUCCUACUAAUCUUUUUAAUUAGUCUUUUAAAUCACUAAAGACAAAGAAAAGAAAAGAAAAGAAAUCUGCUCUGAGGAUACAAGCUGAAAUGAAAUUCACUACUAUCCAUGUCGGAACUGCUUAAAGCUCUUUCCGUUUUCAUGUAGCUGCGACCCUUAUAACAGCCAGUAAAUGUUAUCAAAUGAAGAUUUGAUUGUGUUCUCUCUCUCCACUUCCCCUUACCCGCUUUAGAAAUUCCAGAGAUUUUUUCCCCCUCAGAAUAUUAGUUUUGGAAGAUUGUAUCCAGCUAUAUUUUUUUAGCCGUUCUAAUGGUGCCCAUUUAUCCUGACCUAACCGGUUAUUUAAAUAAUUUUUUAAACCACCACCAAUAAUAAAUGGCAUGUGAAACUGAUCUGUUGGUAAUUGGAAGAAAACUCAGCAUCUGUAUUUAUAAAAUAAAAUUGAUUAGUAUUUAUUUUGAGAGUAAAAGUGUAUGUUAUUCCCCUGCCA